AUGCUAACCGACACCCUCACAAUACCUCCCAGCACCCUUCUAGUAAAACCUCCCGGGCUCGUUGCCCCAAUCUUCGAAAUCUUCUUCAGUUUAGCCGGACUUAUUCUUCGUAAUGGUACUGAUGACCGUUUUUUUUUUUUGCAAUCGCCAAGAUGUAAAUUUACGGGCAUGAUAGCGGGCCACGCGCGACACGUACGCUACCAUGCAACGCAGUCAGUUACUGGGCGGCACACCCUAAUCCGUUGCACGAGGACUUAUGUUCAUGAAUGUUUGCACGGCCGUGCCGGAGCUGAGAGUGCUAUGAUAGCUUUUCCGGGACACUAUCGUAGUAUUCAAAUUUAUCUUCAUUUCCUUUUGCCCCAUUUUUUUGCCGGCAUUCCCACAAUGAGUCGAUAUCCGUCAUCCAAACGACUUCGGUGCAAAAGAGCGCGGGUUGGGGCACAUUUUGACAUCCUGUUUCUGCAAUUCGAGGUUGAGGUUCCGGACUUCGCACGAAGAUGCCUGUCGCUGCAGUGGCCUCCCUCCAUAUUUUUUGCUGUCAUAUUUUCCCCUCCUUUAUCCUACGCGCUGACGUUUUCUUCUCUCAUACGCCUCUGUUACCGAAAGUUUGGGGGGCAACUCUUGAUAUAUAUACUUUUCAUUUUUUUUUAA